UCACACUCGCAGUAUCCGCUCUCAGCAGAGCCGCCGCUGGCCGAGUCCUGAGUCCCGCUGCCCGCUGUCUGCUGUCUGCUGUCUCUCUCCGGAGGAUCAGGAUGGUUGUGGGGGAUCAGCGGGAGUUCCGGGUUCAGGGAUCAGCGCGCUGUCAGGUGUAGGAGCCCGCGGUCUGCGCAGAGUGCCGGGUGAGCGCGGGGGAGUACCGGGAGUACCGGGGUACGGGGUCUCUUCCAGCUUUUCUCCAGAGCAGCAGUAGAAGAUGAACGGUCUGUCCGUCAGCGAGUUGUGCGGCCUGUUCUGCUGCCCCCCGUGUCCAAGCCGGAUCGCGGCGAAGCUGGCCUUCCUGCCCCCGGAGCCCACCUACAGCCUCCUGCCGGACCUGGACUCCGCCCCCGCCGUCACCUCCAGCCUGGGAGCCCCGGGGCUGCGGUCCCGGCUGGGCGGAGGAGGGGGAGGAGCUUUCGGAGACAGGGGGGCAGAGGGCAGGUGGAAGCUUCUCCUGUCGGAGCGAGCGGAAUUCCAGUAUUCCCAGCGGGAGCUGGACGGAACCGAGGUCUUCCUCGCCCGCUCCAGUCGAGGGAACAAAGUGGGAUGCAUGUACAUCCGCUGUGCUCCAUCAGCCAGGUUCACUGUGCUGUUCUCUCACGGUAACGCUGUAGAUCUGGGUCAGAUGAGCAGCUUCUACAUCGGGUUGGGGACGCGCAUCAACUGCAACAUCUUCUCCUACGAUUACUCUGGGUACGGAGCCAGCACAGGAAAACCCUCAGAGAAGAACCUGUACGCAGAUAUAGACGCAGCCUGGCACGCUCUGCGCACGAGAUACGGCAUCAGCCCCGAAAACAUAAUCCUGUACGGGCAGAGCAUUGGCACGGUGCCCACGGUGGACCUGGCGUCGCGGUACGAGUGCGCUGCUGUGGUCCUGCACUCCCCGCUCACCUCGGGCAUGAGGGUGGCCUUCCCCGAUACCAAGAAGACCUACUUCUUCGACGCCUUUCCCAACAUUGAGAAAGUCUCGAAGAUCACGUCUCCGGUGCUGAUCAUCCACGGCACGGAGGACGAGGUGAUCGAUUUCUCUCACGGCCUGGCUCUGUUCGAGCGCUGCCCCAAAGCCGUGGAGCCGCUGUGGGUGGAGGGAGCCGGCCACAACGACAUCGAGCUCUACAGCCAGUACCUGGAGCGCCUGCGCCGCUUCAUCAGCCAGGAGGUGGCGGCCCAGUACACCUGAGCGCCCGAGACCCCCCGCGGGACCCAGGACACUUCUUCUGUGAUCCACGAGGUCAGAGCGAAAUUACGACCCUCAGUCCGUGAUAAUCAGAGGACUGCCUUUAAUUACAUUCACCCCGCGGAGAGAGACGAGCGAGGACGGAGAGACGGGGAUCAACAGUUUAACACUUAAUCUCAGAACCCAAACCACAGAACCUGGAGACGGACAGAACCUUUAGAGACCUCCACGGUUCUGAUUGAGGCUCUUGUUGCCAGAAGACUGCAUUUAUAGGUUCUUCAUGGGUUCUUCAAAGGUUCUAAUGAUAAUUGUUGAUUUGUUCUUGGGUCAGUAAAGAAAUUGAUUGACCCUCAGGACUAGUAUGACCUUUAUGACCUUUAUCACCUUUCUCCUCCCUGCUUCCUCCUUCCUCUCCUCUCUUCCCUUUCCUUCCCUUUUCUUCCUGCGUCUAAACUAACUCUCUCUGCUGGACAGAUUGGGUCUGGUUGUGUUGUUUUAUUUAAUUUUUUUUUUUUUGCGUUGGGUGUACCUGUACCUGUACCUUUUCGCUUGUUUCUUGUCCAUUUCCAUCAUUUAUAUUGUGCCCACAUGAACAGCACUCAGCAGAGCGUAAAAGCCAAUUUAUGCUUAUGUGUUAAAUCUACACACCAUAGGUGACGUGCUCUUUACGAUUAGCUUAUGUAGCCUCUAUACCACCUGACACACACACCUCCCCAGAAAUGUAACUGCACAUCACAGCAACUGUGAUUGAUUGAUUGAUUGAUUGAUUGGUCCGCCUUUAAUUGCAAAGUGAUCCAGAAACACCAAGUAUAAAUGCUCACAACAGCGAAUGGCGUUUACACAGGAUGAAGUAUAAACUUGCCUUUUAGUGCUCUCAAAUAAAAAAAUCUGACCCAAUUUCUUUAGAUUUUAAGAGAUUGAGAAAGAUAUAUUUUCUCUCCUGAAAAAUGGUAAAACUAAAGCCUUUGAUUGCUGUAAAAAUUACAGUGCAACUUGCUCAACGUCCUUAUAGGCAGGUCUGUUGAUUCGGCGCCUGUCUUUCCAAUGCAGCUGAGCAGUUAUCUCAAAAUACUUAAAAUACUACUAAUAAAAAUAAGGGUCGAAUUACCAUUUCAAAUAUAUAUUGAUUAAAUCACAGAUAAAAUCUGAUUUGUAGAGUUUAAAUCAAUUUAUUAUUAUUGUUUUAUAUUUCUAUUUUCCAUUAAUCCCUCUCUUUUGAGUUAUUAUUUCAGUGUUUUGUCUGUGUGAAGACUUUUUGUGUUUUUUUUCCUCCUCAACUUCAGUGUUUUCAGAAGACUGUAGGCCAUCCACAGGGGUUGGACAAUGAAACUGAAACACCUGUUGUCAUUUUAGUGUCGGAUUUUAGGCUUUAUGGCUAAAUUGGAGCAGCCUGGUGGCCAAUCUUUAUCAUUAAUUGCACAUUGUACUAGUACAAGCGAGAAGUGUGAAGGUUCAAUUAGCAGGGUAAGAGCACAGUUCUGCUCCAAAUAUUACAAUGCACACAACAUUAUGGGGGACAUACCAGAGUUCAAAAGAGGACAAAUUGUUGUUGCACGUCUUGCUGGAGCAUCUGUGACCAAGACAGCAAGUCUUUGUGAUGCAUCAAGAGCCACGGUAUCCAGGGUAAUGUCAGCUCAGCAUACUACCAAGAAGAACCAACCACAUCCAACAGGAUUAACUGUGGACGCUGUAAGAGGAAGCUGUCUGAAAGGGAUGUUCGGGUGCUAACCCGGAUUGUAUCCAAAAAACAUAAAACCACGGCUGAUCAAAUCACGCAGAAUUCAAUGUGCACCUCAACUCUCCUGUUUCCACCAGAACUGUCCGUCACCACAAUCAAUUACUGUGCUCUAAAACCAGGUGCUUCAGUUUCAUUGUCCAACCCCUGUAGAUAGACAUGCAUCCUAUUGAUGCUAAAGAACGCUGCACUGGCUUGUGGGACAUGUGGGCGGGUUCUCCUGCAGUGAAUGUGGAUGUGGUUUCUUUGAGUGCAUGUACGGACAGUUCUGGCCAGACGCCGCAGGUCACCAUCAUCACCCCCCACUGCACUGUCCACUGUGGGGGGUAAUGCUGAUACACACGUCACACUGUGGAUGGAUAUGAUGGAAUCAUAAAUACCUGAAACACAACUUCAGAAAUGGAUCAUCUCCUCUACACAUCAAGAUCUAUUGACAUACUGCUGUCCCGUGACUUUUGGCAUGUCAGUGUAUCUUCCUCUACACACUCGUUUUUAUCUCUGACUGUGUCUCACUGUGACCUCCUGAUAAAUUCCUCUAAGAAGAAGCCGGGAACAAUAUACAGUAUGUUUCACAAUAAUACACACACUACAUGCUGAAUGCACCACCUUUUAAUCUCACACAACUUCUCUCUCUCUCCUUUUCUCUCUCUCUCUCCUUUUUUCUCUCUCUCUCUCUUUUGUAACUUUUAUUAUGUUUAAAAUUUAUUUCUAAUUACCCAACAGGACAAAUGCAUCUCUUUUUUUAUUUUAUCUUCGACCAAUCGAUUCAUCAACACAGAGCGCUCAGAGGAAAGCACUGUAUCCCCAGCUCUUAUACAUCAGCUAACAGAUGCCUGUGCUGACCAGCAUCACACUGAGAGUGAUGAGAGCAGGUGACCUGUGGUACUCUCUCUCUCUCUCUCGGACUCUGGCUGCUGAUGGAGAUCCAGGAUUUAAACAAAUGAACUUCCACCCAAAAUGACAGCACCCUAGUUUUUUUUUUCCUCUGUCCCAUAGUUUUUUUUUUAAAUUUGUAUUUGUUUUGUAUGCGCUUUAAUAUUGUUGGUAUUCGGGCUGUGCAUCUUUGGGAAUCCCACAAUUGGAUUCAGAAUCGAUUCUUUGGGUCACGAUUAUGUUUUUUUCAGAUUCUUUUAAAUCGGUUGGAUUUUUUUUUCUUCAUCCUGCCUACUUUAGCGGCACAACAACAAAUACUGUAACACGACACCACACGCCUCUCUGUAGCCUAUCAGGGAGAGGCAGUAAGAGCAGAAACUUUCCCUGUCCUGUUGCUCCUGUCUCGCGACACUUAGCUACUGUCCUGCCGAGCUCACCUGUCUUUUAGGUGUAUUUUAACUGUCUCGCGGAGCUUUUUAACUGUACUGCGGAGCUUAGCAACUGUCUCGCGGAGCUUUUUAACUCUCUCGCAGAGUUCAUCUACUGUCCUGUGGAGUCCUUUAAAAGUUAAAGAGUUCCGCAGGACAGUAGAUGAGCGCAGCGAGACAGUUAAAAUGCUCUGCGAGACAGUAGCUGAGAUCCGCGGUACAGUUAAAAAGCUCCGUGGUACGGUUAAAAAGCAACACGGUACAGUUAAAAACCUCUGCGCGACAGUAGCUGAGCUGCGCAGUACAGUUAAAAACCUCUGCGCGACAGUAGAUGAGCUCCGCGGUACAGUUUAAAAGCUUCGCGCGACAGUAACUGCACCCGCAAAAAAAAAAAAAAAAAAAAAAAAUUUUAAUGAGAAUCAAUUCUGAAUUGUUCAAUGUUAGAAACGUGGUUCGAGCUCAAAUCGAUUUUUUCCUGCACUCCUAGUUGGUAAAAGUAACCAAGACCAAGACAAACUUUCACUGCCCACAUACUUCUAUGUGUCCUUUAUAUUGGCAGGGAUGUUGAGCAAUACAUCCACUUAAGAGGGCGGUUCAGAGUCCAUUGUUUCUGACAGCAACAAAUAUGGCGUCUCUCUCUCUCUCUCUCUCUCUCUCUCUCUCUUUUUUUGAGCCGUUUUUUCCCCUGGGCUCCUCCUGACCCCUGCUUUUGUUCUGUCCGUGGGUUUUUGGAGAGAUCUCUGCGGAUGUUUUGUGAAUAUGAACGCAUGCCAAAUCACACCACGCGACCCUGCAUCGCCAGUUUGUAAAAUAUCACGGUUCCUCCUUUUGGUAUUUCUUACUGCAGAAGGUUUGUAUAUUACGCUAUUUAUAAUAUGAACACCUCUCGCCAAACUCUCUGGAUGUUCGAUAUGCUUUACCGUGUUCUACGAAUAUUCCAACGAUCUAUUUUUCUAAGAGGUUCAGUAAUAUUUGCUAUAGUUGUAAGAGCUUUUGUCUAAAUCAGAGCCAUUCUUAAAGAGGCGGCAGGACGAUGAAAUGAAGUAAAACCAGCUCGUUUAGCGGGAGGAGAAAGGUGAAGGUGUGGAGCGAGAGGUCAGAAUAAAGAACAGCCUUUUUCAGAUCGGUCGACGAUUGACGACGCCAUCGCGAUCCUCAUUAAAACGUACUGAUCUGUAGCGAUAACUGGAUUUGCCUUCGCCACGAGUUUCUACCAGGUUUUGAGCAGAAUAGCAAGUUACGAAACCCCAGAGAAAACAGGUUCUUUGGUGCGAGACGUUCCUGAAUGACCUUUGAUUUGUUUUGCAGCUCAGAAGCAAUAAUGUGAGAACUGAUCUAAUUUUAAAAAAAGAACACAGAGCAUAAAGAAGAGUGAUUUAAAGUAUGAUAGACGUAUUGUUCUCUUUUCUAUUUGCAGAUGUGUCUCCCCGUAUGAUGUAAGAAGCUUAUUGGACGUUUGUUUUUUAAUCUUCACUUUUCCUUUUCUUAGCUGAAGGAUGUAUGUGCUGUAAUGUAACUGAUAAAUAAAGGAAUGAUUAUAUGGAA